GUUGCGCAGGGAAUUGUGGGGAGAGUUGAGGUGUAUCUCCGCUGCAGAGACCUGAGGUUUGCGGCGCUGGGCCCGGCCGGGUUGCUGCGUCGGGGCUGGAGGUGAGGCGAAAGAAGGACAACCUCUGAUGGGAGUGGACCGGAGUCCGCUAAAGCGAAACAUUCCAGGCCAAGGUUAGGAAUUUGUAACAUGUCAUCUUUCAAGGAAGCAUCUAACCAAGAUUAAGUCAAAGGCAUCUACCAGGUCCUGAAUUCUCUCCCAGAUGCACACCUUUUAAGGUCAAGGAUGCAUUCCAGGAAAGUUCCAUAAAAAUAUACCAUCAGCUCCAACCCGAUAUUUGACCUAGCCAUGGAAAACCUCAUUGGCUCCUCACUAGAUCAGACCAUAAAAAUGAUUCAGGAAUGAAAAUCUAAGAUAAAUUCCCACCACUUCAAGAUGUUCUUAUACAAGUCAACAGUCUAGCAGAUCAGCUAGUCUCUUUCAUCAUCAAGCAGACAUACUCAAGGUACCAACACAGCAAAGGCACAAAAUGUCUCUAUAUCAGUGUUUUUCACAGUAUAUGUGAGACCCAUUAGUGAGGCAUGAAAUCAAUUCUGUGAGUCACAAUGAACUUUUUUUUAAAAAAAAAAAAACAAAAUAAAAUGUAAAAUACCAAAGUGUUGAAUCCUUUGCCUGAAUUGUGCACAUUACAAGGAAUGCUGAGUUCAAUUUCAAUAUGUGAGAGGGUUAUUUGAUGGAGGGGAUAUGAUGAAUAGAAUGUAUAUUGGCUAAGAAAUGGUUUUCAGUCAUUUAUUCAGGGGUGUCUUGCUUGAUUUUUAUAAUAGCAAGGUUAAUGUUGUACAGUCACAUUUUAUAUUACAAUUACUUGCAACUAGUUGUGAAGUCUGAGAUACUCAGUUGAGAUUCAAUUGCAAACUUUGAGUGUAGUUUUUGAAAAUAUGUUAUUUAGACUAUAUAUAUUUUUUUCUUUUUUGAGUUAAUGCCAAUUAUAACAUUUUAAUCAAACUGGAACAAAUUGCUAUUAAAAUGGAUCAUUUCUUUAUUAAAAGAAAGAGGAAUAGUGAAGUGAAAUAUACAGAAGCAUGUUCAAGUUCAUCUGUUGAAUCUGGAAUUGUGAAUAGUGACAAUAUUGAGAAAAAUACUGACUCCAGUCUGCAAACUUCAAGUUCAUUUGAGCCGCAUUUCAAAAAGAAAAAAGUAAGUGCAAGACGUUAUAAUGAAGAUUACUUAAAAUACGGCUUUAUCAAAUGUGAAAAACCCUUUGAAAAUGACAGACCUCAGUGUGUUAUUUGUAAUAAUAUUCUUGCAAAUGAAAGCUUAAAACCUUCAAAAUUAAAAAGGCACUUAGAAACUCAGCAUGCUGAACUUAUUGAUAAGCCUCUUGAAUAUUUUCAAAGAAAGAAAAAAGAUGUAAAGUUAUCAACACAAUUUCUUAGUAGUUCUACUACUGUUAGUGAGAAAGCCUUAUUAUCAUCAUAUUUAGUUGCAUAUCGUGUGGCAAAAGAAAAAAUAGCUAACACAGCUGCUGAAAAAAUUAUUCUUCCAGCGUGUUUGGAUAUGGUGCGUACAAUAUUUGAUGAUAAAUCCGCUGAUAAAUUAAAAACUAUACCUAAUGAUAACACAGUAUCUCUUCGAAUUUGUACUAUUGCAGAACAUUUAGAAACAAUGCUUAUUACUCGGUUACAGUCUGGUAUAGAUUUUGCAAUCCAGCUUGAUGAAAGCACUGAUACUGGAAGCUGCACAACACUUUUAGUUUAUGUCAGAUAUGCGUGGCAAGAUGAUUUUAUGGAGGAUUUUUUGUGUUUUUUAAAUUUAACCUCACACCUAAGUGGAUUAGAUAUUUUUACAGAAAUAGAAAGGCACAUAGUUGGCCAAUAUAAAUUAAACUGGAAAAACUGUAAAGGAAUUACAAGUGACGGCACAGCAACCAUAACUGGAAAACAUAGCAGAGUAAUUAAAAAAUUACUAGAAGUUACUAAUAAUGGUGCUGUGUGGAAUCAUUGUUUUAUACAUCGUGAAGGUUUAGCAUCCAGAGAAAUUCCACAGUCUCUCAUGGAAGUAUUGAAAAAUGCAGUGAAAGUUGUUAAUUUUAUUAAAGGAAGCUCAUUGAAUAGCCGGCUUCUUGAAACAUUUUGUUCAGAGAUUGGAACUAACCAUACCCACUUACUUUAUCAUACCAAAGUUCGCUGGUUGUCUCAAGGGAAAAUACUAAGCAGGGUUUAUGAGCUCAGGAAUGAGAUUCACUUUUUUCUCAUUGAAAAAAAAUCUCAUUUGGCAAAUAUUUUUGAAGAUGAUACUUGGGUAACAAAAUUGGCAUAUUUAACUGAUAUUUUUAGCAUUCUUAAUGAACUGAGUUUAAAACUACAGGGGAAAAACAGUGAUGUAUUCCAACAUGUUGAAUGUAUUCAGGGAUUUCGAAAGACGUUAUUGUUAUGGCAAGUAAGACUUAAAAGUAAUCGUCCUAGCUACUACAUGUUUCCAAGAUUUUUGCAACAUAUUGAAGAGAAUAUUAUUAAUGAAAACAUUUUGAAAGAAAUAAAGUUAGAGAUAUUGUUGCAUCUCACUUCUCUAUCUCAAACUUUUAACCAUUUCUUUCCAGAAGAAAAAUUUGAAACAUUAAGGGAAAACAGUUGGGUAAAAGAUCCAUUUGCUUUUCGAAACCCUGAAUCAAUAAUUGAGCUAAACUUGGUGCCUGAAGAAGAGAAUGAAUUAUUGCAGCUUAGUUCUUCAUAUACGUUGAAGAAUGAUUAUGAGACCUUAAGUUUAUCAGCAUUUUGGAUUAAGGUAAAGGAAGACUUUCCAUUGUUAAGUAGAAAGAGUGUCCUGCUAUUACUACCAUUCACAACAACUAGUUUGUGUGAACUAGGGUUUUCCAUCUUAACCCAGUUCAAAACAAAGGAAAGAAAUGGGCUGAAUGGUGCAGCAGCUAUGCGGGUAGCAUUAUCUUCCUGUGUUCCAGACUGGAAUGAACUUAUGAACAGGCAAGCACACCCAUCAUAGUAAAUAAAAUCUUACCUAGUUUUUGUUUUUGCGUUUCUUAUUUUGUAGUAUUUUUCUAUGUUAUAUUUAAAUGCUACUAUAACAUUGUGAUACUUUUGUUAUGUUUUAAUUUUUGUUGUAUUUAAUAAAAUUAUGUUCAUUGAACAAAAAUUUAAUGAAUUUCUGUUAGAGGCCAGGAAUUAUUCCAGAGACAUUUGGGUUACAAAAGUGAGCAAAACAGAUAAUUCCCUAGUAGAGUUUAUAUCCUGGCAAGGAGAAAUUGAAAAUAAACCUAAUAAAUAAGCUUUAUAAUAUCUAGAAGCUAUUAAGUGCUACAGAAAGAGUAGUAAAAAGGAAGAUCAGGGAAGUAUUGGGGAACCAAACCAUGAAGGGUUCUGAAGACCAUUAUUGGGCCUCUGGCUUUUGUCAGUGGACUAGAGAACAUUGAAGGGUUUAAGCAAAGGAGAGAAAUGAUCUGAGCUAGGUUUUAAUAAACACUCUGGUCACUAUUUUAAAUGCUUAGGAUAAGUCUGAAUUAAAUGUUACUUUCCCCUCACUGGGCAUGGUGGCUCAGACCUGUAAUCUCAGCACUUUGGCAGGCCAUGGCAGAAGGAUCAGUUGAGCCCAGGAGUUCAAGACCAUCCUGGGCGACAUAGUGAGACUUUGUUUUUACUAAAAUUUUUUAAAAAAUAAACCAGGUGUGGUGGUGCACACCUGUAGUCCCAGCUACUCGGGAGGCUGAGGCAGGAGGGUCGCUUGAGCUCAGGAGUUUGAAGUUGCAGUCAUCUGUGACUGCACCACGGCAGUCCAGCCUGAGCAAGAGUGUGAAACCCUGUCUCAAAAAAAUGUUACUUCCCUUAAAAAAACCUUUUCUAACCACCCUAGGGUAAAUCCUCCAUUAUUACUUUUAUUUAUUUGUUUUCCUUGUAGUGUAUAAUAUGUAAUAAUUUUGAUUGCUAAUUGUCAUUCUGCCACCUUGGAGUAUAUAAUUUGUAAUUAUUUGAUUACUAUUCUUCCAUAGUGGGGGAGAUGAUGUCCAUUUGCCUGAUACAUAGUGUGUAUUCAAUAUACAUUUGCUAAAGAAUACAUGAAUCAAUAAUACCUAACAUCUCUAAUUUGCAGUCAUUCCCAAGAGUAAUUAUUAAAUAUGUGGCAAUUUUCUUUGCCUUUUUUACUUUCAAAAAUCUAACUUUGACAUAACUUCUGUAACCAUCCAGAAAUGACAUUGAUGUUACUUCUUCACAUUGUUGCUGAUGCUUAAGCAAUGUAUAUUGUGUAAUAUACAACAUAGUCUUCAAACUAAUUUCAAUCUCUGCUUCUCUGUGUACUCCGUUAUCCCACUGGGUGAUAUCAUUUGGCAUGGUCAUUCUCAUUAAAAUCAUACAGCGUAGCAGUACCUUUCCAUCUGCUACCGUGCCUAGCCUUAUUUAAUUUUUCAGAUUUUCUAUUCUAUUGAAGGUAAUUGAUUUUUUCUUUUUUGAUGCUUGAAAUAAAGUGUUGAAAAACAAU